AUGCCGCUGGUACGGAUGAAGGGUGUCACGGAUGUCUACCCUCCGCAGAAGAAAUCUUUCGCUAUGCUCAAAUGGAUGGCCGACAACCAUCUGAAUGAUUAUGACUGGUUUAUGCGAGCGGAUGAUGACCUGUACGUGCGAAGUAACAAACUCGAAACACUCCUGAGGUCGUUGGACUCGGAAAAAGCUUACCUGAUUGGUCAAGCCGGACUGGGCAACACAGCUGAAUACGGACAGUUAGCACUUGGUCAGCAGGAUAACUACUGUAUGGGUGGACCGGGAAUCGUGAUGUCACGCGAGACACUUCGUACCGUUGCGCCGCAUUUGCGUUCCUGCCUGAUGGAGCUACUUACUAACCACGAGGACGUCGAACUUGGGAGGUAA